CUGGAGAGGAACCACUGUUUGUUUAGCAAAGGCCAUCGCCCGAAAACAUCGCUGUGCCUCUCAGGCUGCCACGCUCCAGGAACGGGGAGCUGGGAAGCUGGACGCAGGCUGCAGGAAGCUCUGGGGCCUGGAGGCCAUCUUAGGCCCAUAUAAAAGCAGCAAGCUACCAUGUGCACAGGGAAGUGUUCGAAGUGCAUUGGGAUCACCCUGUUCCCACUGGCUCUAUGUGCUAUAGUCUCCAACAUCCUCCUCUACUUCCCCAAUGGGCAAGUUCUGCAGCUCAGUGAGAUAACCGAUCUGGUUUGGUUCUUCCAUGGCAUCCUGGGAGCUGGGAUACUGGCUAUUCUGCCGGCAUUCAUGAUGCUGGGAGCAGGCGGAGCAGGAUGUUGCGCUAACAGAUGUGGGAUGCUGCUGUCAGUGUUUCUGUCUCUUCUGGGACUCGUGGGAGGAGUGUACUGUGCAGUCUUCUCCUCAAUGGGUCUGAUUGGGGGCCCUCUGUGUGACACGGGUGAUGGAGAAUACAUCUACCCUUUCAGGAACAACACUCUGGAAUACAAUUAUUUGUUCAACCAAACAACGUGGAGCAUUUGCAAAGAACCUGAAAACAUCAUCCUUUGGAAUAUUGUCCUUUUCUCCAUUCUCUUGGCCAUUGGUGCGAUUGAGGCUGUUCUUUGUUUCAUUCAAGUUGCAAAUGGAAUUAUUGGCUUCAUAUGUGGCACGUGUAUGAGGAAAAAGACAAAUAUUUUGGGAAUGUGAACAACCUGCAGGGGAUGCCAGGACAUGCCCUGAACUGAAAAUUCAUGUUUAAUAAGGAUAGUGCAUUGUGCUGUAUUUAUGGGGGGAAGAAAGGAACCCCCAAAUAUUCAGGAGUUUCAGGAGGGUAAAUUGCUCUUUUUUUUUCUUUUUUUUUUCUUUUUUUUUUCUUUUUUUUUUAAUAAAGAAGUCAAGGUGGAAAAUGGCUAGAUCAUUUAAAUCUGAGACUCCAAAUUUUCAUCUCUCUACAUAUUCCUUCUAAAUCUCAGGUACUGCAAAAACACAGAUCUGUCUGGUCCCAGCUGCUGUGCUUGUGCUUAAAAUGUAGAUGUCCUCAGAUAAAAGCUCACCAUUUGCCCUCUUAUAUAUAUGGGAAACAACCUCUGACAACGUACACAUUUUAUCAGCUGCACAAGGCAGGAUGUAAAUAGCUCUGGCUGGAUGUAAAGUGCUUCCCAUUCCCCCCAAACCUGCCUUAAGCUCACCUGUCUGUUCCUGUUAACUUGCUACCCAGGGACCCAAGUUUACAUUAGGGUCUGCAGAUAAUAUGUUGAGCAGCAUGAAGGCAAAUGAAGCACAGUUUUCAGCCUCUCUCAGCCACCCUGGAGCCAAAUCCCCUUCUCCUUUGGUAUUUUGCUGUCACGUCUUGCAAAAUCCAGUGCGCUCCUAAAUCAGUUCUUCAGGACAACUUGAUAGAUGUGAUGGUCCUAGAGGAGCAUUUGCGUCAAUGUAGACAGUAGGUUUUGGAACAAGAGUUCAACUAUGUCCAGUUAAAAAAAAAAAAAAAAAAAAAAAAAAAACCCCAGCAACAAUUUUACCCUCAUGAGACUGUGUAGGAGUCUCAUGAAUUUCCACACAGGGCUGUUCUAGAAUAGAUCACUUGCACAAGCAAUUAACUGGUGAAGAUAAACAUUAAAUCAAUACUGGUAGUAAUUACGUGCAGCUCAGUAACAAAUAAGAGAUACAAUCUGCAAGGCAACAAAUUGCAUCAGUUGUGGUGUUACAGCAACUAGGAUCCCAACAAGGAUCUGCGUAAUUCUCCAUCAUCAACCAAGAUCAAGCCCUUGAUGCUGAAGUCCAUGACUGGCAAAUUUCAGGAACCCCAUCAGUUCAACGACUUCCUCUAGGCUCCAUUGUAGGACAUGCCCCUUAUUUCCCUGAGUCAGGCAAACUGUAAGAAAUUGUUUCCAUCCUGAAUGCAUGCACACAGUUAUGAAAACCUGAGUAUAUUUUAAGUACUUGGAAUCCUUUUUUCAAAAAGAGGCAUUUUUGUUUUUUCCAUCCAAUGUUGUUCAUAUUUCUGCAUUGUUGCAAAUCACUUGAACAGACACAGAGUUUCCAGACACACACAGCUGUCUGUGCCAUCUUCUGAUGCAGCACACAAAACCCUUCACACAAACUGGUGAAGGAAACAUCAGUUGUGCUAAGAAGAUGAGCACACAUACACUUCUUUGGAGCACAGCUUCACUCCUAAAAGCAGGAAACCUGUGUUAUAAAGUUUAGAAGCACCUUUUGUAAAACAAGUGUAAGACCUGUGGAGGUUUGCAAACAUGACUAGGUGCAUUCAAACCCACCAGGUGGCUUAAAAAGCUGAUGUGCAUUGUAAGCAGUGAAGCCUGGGCAGUGUACUACCCACAGCAGAUAUCAAACUAAAGCCUACUGAUUCAGCCAGGAAAAGAGACAAGGAGGCAGCUAGAAGUAAUGUCCAGCAUGCAGUCAGACUGAGAGAUACUCUACCUGCAGCAGAAAGGCUGUUAUGAGCUCUUCGUGGUCCUCAAACAUCAGCCCUGCCCUCAUUCUUUGUCUCCCUGACUUUUAUCUCAAUGAGAGAGCCAGUUUGGGCUGUGCCAGCACCAGGAUAAGGAGAUACCCACUGGUACGUAUCAUCCCCACCACAGAGGGGUACAUGUGCUGCUGCCAUCUGCUUGUACCAAGCUGCCCUGCCCUGGGGGUGUUUGGUGCCAUGCCUGUGUACUGGGGAUGUUUGGUGUCAUGCCUGUGUACUAAUGAGGAUGCCAUCUGUCCUGAGCACUCUGUAAUCACUGGCUUCACUGAUACGUGUAAAUAUUAAAUAUUGUUAUUCUGAAGUUA